UACAAAGUCUUCUCUUUUUUUUUUUUUUAUUUUUUUUCCUUCUUCUCCUCUCAUUUUCACUCUUAUUUUUUUUUUUUUACUCUCACUCACAUUCAUUCUCACACAUAUUUUUUGUCUCUCCUUUCUAUAUAUUUUUUUUUGUCUAUUAUGACUAUUGUAACAACAACAAGAACUAGACAACAAACUCUCAACCAACGACGAUCAUCUCUUCAAAUAGUGGCAUCAUCAAUCCCUGUAGAUAAUGCAACGAAUAGUCCUAUAGAUUCUUCACAUACAACUUUGUACAAUACUUCGUUACCGUCUUUACGACUCGAUACCAUUAGAACUUCCAUCCUCGAUGCCCUAUGUGUGUCUACACUUUAUUUAAUUCAUUUUAUCUAUAUUGCCUACAUUGCUCAACAAACGUUACGUACUUGUAUUGUUCAUGGAUGGCGAAGAUAUAGAUUUCAACUGCAAUACAACAACAACAACAGUUCAUUAUUAUCUUCCAACAAACAAAAAGAUAUGAUCACCUUAUUGAAAUACGACAGAUCACAACUUACAAAGAUCCCUCACCAUGUAGGUAUUACGGUGUCUAGUGAACUAGUAUUUGAACGGUCGGAAGAAGAUUGGAAUAGGAUUAUCUUUGAUCUAUGUCAAGUAUGCUGUUGGGCUUGGGAAAUGGGAAUCAAGGAAGUGUCAGUACUGGAUGCUUCGGGUGUUUUGAAAAAUAUGGCAAUUGAUAUUUACAAGCAACAAUCAAUGACUUUACAUGAAUGGAAACAACAACACUCUUCUUCUUCUUGUUUGAUGCAAAAUGAUUUUCGAUUCAAGAUCCUAUCUUUGGAGGACACCCAAACACAAAUAGUUCAAGCAACUCAAAAAGUAUUCAAGCAUAUUCAAUACAAUAAAACGACAUCCAUUGAUAUCAAUCUAGUGAAUGAAUUUAUGCAAGAAGACUUAUCGGACCCUGAUCUUAUGAUUGUUUACGAUGGAUUACCGCAUCAAUAUGUAUCUAUAGAUGGUUAUUCUCCCUGGCAUAUUCGAUUGACAGAGUUUGUAAAUGCGACAGCCUAUCAUCGGUUGGAUUAUAUAUUGUUUUCAUCUUGUCUUUAUCAAUAUUCAAAAGUAGAACAACGAUUUGGCCAUUAGUGUAGUGUAGUCAUAUGCAUCUUUUUUUUUUGUUAUUAUUAUUCUUCAUCAUUUCAAACAUCAACAACCUUUUUUAUUUUUAUUAUUAUCCUUCAUCAUCAUCCAUAGUAGUAUGAUUAUUUUAUACCUCCUCCUGUCUUUCAUCAUUCUCCUCUUUUAUAUAUACAUUUUGUUCCUUCUUUAUCGUACUUAUUAGACAUUUAAAAUGAUAAUAAACAUUCACUUCAAACCUA